AUGAGCUCAAAAAAGAAAUCUGUCCACCUGGAAGGGCCGAGCAAAGCCAAGAGGAAAGCAAAAGCCGUCGACCUGAGCGAGCUUUACAAGUGUCCCGUCUGCUUUGAAUACGUGCUGACGCCGAUUCAACAGUGCACGAAUGGCCACAUCGUUUGUUUCACCUGCAAACUCAGCUUGGAAAUCUGCCCAAUUUGCAGAGUCAAGCUUUUGGACAACGUCAGAAAUUUGCUCAUGGAAAAGAACAAAUCAAACGGUUGCGGGCUGAAACUGAAAGUGCCCGAGAGGACCGAGCACGAGGCUCUAUGUCCCUUCCAAAUGUAUCGCUGCCCCUUUCCUGGGGCAAACUGCUGGUGGAGUGGCAUCCUGGACAAGGUGCUACCGCAUCUUCAAGAGGAGCACGAAGUGGAAUCUGUCGAGGCGAAGAAACAUGCCGGAAACUACAACUGCGCCAUUAAAGUUCCGACGGAGGGAUGCACUCUGACGCAUUUCGUCAAAACCGUGACUGUGGAGGAUCACGCUUUCUUUGUUUCUAUCUCGAAGCGAGACGAAAUGGUCGGCCGACCUCGGAUCUACGCCACCGUCCAGUUCUUCGGCCUGGCGGGGGACGCCAAGAAGUUUUGGUGCCGGCUGACGACCAAGAGCAAGCAAAGAGUGCUCACAUUCAAGUCGGCGCCCAGAUCCAUCCAGGAGGACCUGAAAGAUUUAAUCGCAAAGCAGGAAUGCUUGAUCAUCGAGCUGGACAUCGCCAACUCAAUCGCUGAGGAGGGCAACCUCGUUUUUAACCUGUCCAUCACAGAUAAAUCGCAAAAAUGA